AUGGCUAUCAUAACAACCAUCACCGGCAAACGCCCCUACCGGUGGCUCUCCGUUAAUCACAACCGUUCAUCCCCCAGUUCUUCAGAGUUCAAAAGACAGAAAGUAUCAACCAUGUCCCACAAUAAGCCAUCACCAUUACCCACCACCGCAACCAAUGCCUCCGUUGUUUCCAGAAUUUCUCGUUAUCCUGAAACUAAACCACCUUUGCGUAGAGAAGUUCAUGCUCCUUGCAGCAGACCGCGCAAAUUCGAUUUAUCAAACAAUUUUAAACUAGAAUCCUCGAACUCGGUGGUUAGUGGUAUCGGUAUCAGCAACGCCUUAUUUGAAAAUUAUCAGCGUACAAAAUCUCCGGCAUUGGCUACCAUUCCUUUACAGGGAAAAGAAAAGGAUAAUCAUAAGGAAGUUGUUUCAGAAGAUUCGAACCAUGAAGAUGUACAAGAAGUGCACGCUGAGCCAGUGGAUACUGAGGUUGAGGCUGUGAAUGGUGGCAUACAGAAACAGUCAACUUCGGUUUCUGAGUUGAGUAAUGAUAAGUUGAAUGUGGUGGAUGAUGCUGCAAAUAUUUUGGAUUCUUUGUCUUUGGAUCCGGAAAAUGAUGUUUCGAGUGUUAGUGCUUACAAGAAGUUGCUUGAGGCUGUCGAUAAGCGAACAGAUACACUUGGUAGGUUGAGAUUUGAAAUUCAGCUUAACGAGAAGCGCAGAUCUGGAUUUGAUUUGUUGCGUCCAAAGAAAGAACUAGUAGAGGAAGUGCCGCCGGAACCUUUUGUUCCUCUUACAAAAGAGGAAGAAGUUGAGGUUGCACGAGCCUUUUCGGCCAAUAGGAAGAAGAUCCUGGUUGCUCAUGAGAAUUCUAAUAUUGAAAUAUCGGGCGAAAAGUUUCAGUGUCUUAGGCCAAGUGGAUGGCUUAAUGAUGAGGUGAUAAAUUUGUACCUUGAGUUACUGAAAGAGAGGGAGAGAAGAGAGCCACAGAAGUUUCUGAAUUGUCAUUUUUUCAACACCUUUUUCUAUAAGAAGUUAAUAAGUGGCAAGAAUUGUUAUGAUUACAAAUCUGUGAAGAGAUGGACUACUCGGAAGAAAUUGGGAUACGGCCUACAUGAAUGUGAUAAAAUAUUUGUACCUAUUCACCAGAAGAUCCAUUGGUGCCUAGCUGUUAUCAAUAAGAAGGAAAAGAAGUUUCAGUAUCUUGAUUCAUUGAAAGGAAUUGAUACCCAAGUGCUGGAAGUGCUGGCAAGAUAUUUUGUAGAUGAAGUAAAGGACAAGACUGGAGAAGAUAUUGACAUAAGUAAUUGGGAAAAAGAGUUUGUUGAAGAGCUUCCUGAACAGCAGAAUGGGUCUGAUUGCGGGGUAUUUAUGGUCAAAUAUGCCGACUUUUAUAGCAGAAACUUGAGGCUGUGCUUCAAUCAGGAACAUAUGCCUUAUUUCAGGCUUAGAACAGGUAAGGAAAUUUUGAGAUUGAAAGCUGAAUAA